AACCCACCCAGCACAUCAUCUCAUCUCACUGCGUGCAACGGCCUGGCACCCUCUCUACUCUCUCCCUCCUUGCCGUCUCCCUUGCUCACCUCCUUCUUAAUCCCCCGCCGUUAUGUCGUCCGACGCGGAGAACGACCUCUUUGGCGACGAAACUGCUGGCAGCCCCUCCACUAGCCAGCCAGGCGCUGCGCCUUCCCCCGCGGCAGGGAACGACAAUGAGGCCGACCCACACGACCUCUUCGGAGAUGAAGAUGACAACGAGCCACGCCGUGAACGCUCCUCAUCGCGUACCCCUGUUGAGUCGUCACCCCAACAACAUCCGCUGGAAUAUGGCGAGGCGAGCGACGACGAGAACGAGGAGAUCUCAGAGGCGUGGGCUUCCGUUCCAGUGCCUACAUGGACGCGACUGCAUCCCACCGACGGCAAGGUGUGGCAGCUGAAGCUGCCCCAGCACAUCAACCUCGAGGCCGAUCCAUACGAGGCCGACUUCUAUCGCCAGAACCUGAGCGGGGAAGAUGAGAACCUGCGUGGAUCAGAUGCCAAGGCGCGCAUGCUCGAUGUGCGGAACACGAUGCGCUGGCGCUGGGUGACGGGACCUGACGGCAAACCGACCAAGCAGGCAAAUGCGCGCAUCCUCCGCUGGAGCGAUGGAAGCUUGUCCCUACAGUUGGGGCAGGACAUGUACGACGUGCAGAGCACAUGGGGGACGACCGUGGCGCGCAAAAGCGACAAGUACGAGCGCACCGAGGCGAACAGCAAGGGGAGCCAGGAGACGAGCUUCGUAUGCUACGCUGCGGCGGAGGAGCAGGUGCUCGUCGCCGAAACAGCGGUGGAGGGGCAGCUGAACCUCGUUCCCACGAGCAUGGAUAGCAAGACGCACCGAGAGCACGUCAAGCUUGUCGGGCAGCAGCACACCAAGCACUCGCGCAUGCGCCUUCUCGAGGACGAGGCGGCGGGCGACCGUUUGCAGGAGCUGCUGGCCCGCGCUGGGCCACAGAAGGCCGCGCCCGUCAAGAAGGCGCGCCGGGCGUCAGGAACUGGCGGGCCGCGCAACACCUUCGGGAGACGGAGUGCGUUCGGGCGCGCGACGAAGCGCGCCGACUCAGAGGAGAGUGAGGAGGAGGCCGCCCCCCGCAACCGCGGCGGCGGUGGGUACGAUGAGGACGACGGGUUUGUGGUUGCCGACUCGGACGACGACGACGACGAGUAUGGGAAGCGUAAGAAGAACAAGCGCCGGAACGAGGAAGAGGACAUGGACGCGACUGAGCUCGCCGAAGCGCGUAUUGCAGCACGCGAGAAGCGCGAGCGCAAGCGCGCCAAAACGAAGAAGAGUCGGGCGUACUCUGACGACGAGGAGGAUGAGGAGGACGCCGCUGGCGAGCCGGAGGAAGAAGAUGAGGCCGAGAUGGAGAUGGAUGUCGAGAGCGAAGAAGAGUAAUAGCCUGUAUGCAUUAAUGUACGAGUA